CGGGAGGCGGGCGCAGGGGGCUCAAGGCCGCUAUUUUCCCCCCAGUUUUGUGCCCGUGAGAGGCAGCGGAGGGGUCGGGGAAGGGUAGAAAGCUGCGGGCCAAGCUCGUCGGUACCCCCCACCAGCCGCCUCCCCCGCUCCCCGGCCGCGCUCACCUUCCUGCGCUGCAUCCUGGGCGGGGGCAGUGAGCUCGCCUGGUCCCCGGCGCCCGCGGCCCGCGAGGCGGCGGUGGCCGCCGCCGUGUUAGCGCUCGCGGGCUCCGUGGUGACAGCCGUGUCUCCCGCCCUGCGGCACGUCUGCUCCGGCGGCGCCAGCCCCGCUCCCGCCGCUUCCAGCUGCCGUUCCCUGCUCGGUCCCUCACGUUUCCGCCGGGACGCGGCCCACACCCCUCGUCACGUGACCGCGAGCCAUCUUGGAGCCGGGCAAAGCAUCACCGUGACGCCGCCGGCAGUGAAGCCGCGCGCCGCCAUCUUUGAUCCGGGCCGGGCGCUCUUGGCGCGGGGCGCUGUGGCGGCGGCCAUUUUGAGUGUGUCCAGCCUGCUGUGAAAUGCUGAAGGGCAAGCCUGGAGAAGGGAUGAAAUCCCUCAGCUCUUAUCCCAGCAGGGAGGAACUGGGGAGCAGUUGGUGUGGUGCCAUCUCAGCCCAGCUCUGGGGGAUUGAGUUACCCAAAGGUUGGGAUGAAGCUGGAGAGCUGGAAAUAACCAGAUGUGAAGAUCCAGGGUAGCUGCUGCUUUCACUUCCCCAUCUUCAGAAGCCAGUGUUCCCUGUGCCAUGGCCCUGGAGCAGCCGGGCCGUUCCCGCCGGACCUGCUCCCUGGACCCCCUCCUGGGCUCGUACCUGCUGGGACAGUGGCCCCGGGACAGGGACACCCCCCCCUGCACCAGGGACAAAGCCACCCAGCCCUGUGAUUGUCCUCAGCCCUGUGAUUGUCCUCAGCCCUGUGAGUGUCCUGAGCCCUGUUUCUCGCCCCAGACCCCGCAGUCGUGGCCCGAGGCGGCGGCAGGGCCGGGCAGUGCCAGGGGCGGCUCCGAGCACCGGCGGGAGAUUGCCAAGCUGAAGCAGCAGCUCCAGCGCACAAAGCUCAGCGGCAGGAAUGGGAAGGAGAGGGAGAAGAGCUGCCCAUUCCCAGGGGAUCACACGCUCCGUGGAUCACUCCAGGACUCUCCCUCGGGCUUCCCUUCUCCAUGUCCCGUCCUGAGGCUCAGCCCCUGCCUGCACAGGAGCCUGGAAGGGCUGAACCAGGAGCUGGAGGAGGUGUUUGUGAGGGAACAGGGAGAUGAGGAGCUGCUGAGGAUCCUGGAUGUCCCAGACGGGCACAGGGCGCCGGCGCCCGCCCAGCCAGACCCCCUGGACACCCCCCUGGACACCCCCCUGGCCCUGGAGCCGGGAAGUGGCAGCUGGAACAGCCUCUCCCUGUCCCCCUCCCCAUCCCUGCAGAGCCCGGGAAGGCCCUCGGAGGCACAGCCGGAGCCAAAGGAGAAAGCUGCUCCAGCCCAUCCCAGCCUUUCCAGCCUUCCUGCCCGGACAAGAACAAGGUUCACUUCACCCCCUCAGGCUCCGCCUUCUGCCCCGUUCGCCUGGUGCAGCCGCUCUUCCCGAAUGUGGGAUUCCUCUUCCGGGGCUUCCCGGCUCCCCCUGGCCCUGGCACGGGCCCCUUCCCCUCCUGCCAGCCCCCCCCGGCCCCCUCGGCUCCCGCCCGGAAUUGCGAGCCCUGGAAGCGCGGCCAGGCCGAGGAGGGCGUCGUGUUCCAGAGCUCCCUCGUGGCGUGAAUCCCUUGGGAAGGGCGGCACCGGCACCUCCGGCUCCUCAGUGCCCUGGAGGUGGGAUGUGGCAGCCCCUGGGAUCGGGAAUGGGGGCAGAAUUCCCCCCAGGAUGGCAGAGACUGGGAAGGACAACGUGCCGUGGAUCCCUCGCUGCCGGGGGGCUCGUUCCUGGAGCCUCCCCAGUCCAAAGCACUUUCCCGGGUUGGAUUGUCCUUGUUCCCUGGGGGAAGAGCAGAGGCAAAUCCCUGCUCCUCUGGGAAUGAGGGGGAGCUGGGAAGACUCAGGUGGGGCUUCCCAGCACCUCCUGUCCCUGCUGGGACUGGGGAGAAGGGGCUGGAGCUGCCUUUGGAAGUGCCAGGCUGGAAUUGUCCCUGCACAGCUCUGGUCUCUCAGGGAGGGCGGGAGAGCAGCAGAUUCCUGGCUGUGCCUCCCCUUCCCUGCUCCAAACCUGGAGCCUCCAUGGAUCUCCUGGACUUUGUGUGGCUGAGGGUGACGUUGAGCUGCUCUCCCUGUCUUCCCUGCCCUUCCAGGAGCCUGGUGCUGCAGGGAGAGGGCAUGGAAGUGGGACCUGGCAGCACACACAGAUCCUGCUGCUUCCCAAAGAAACUUCCUGAGCCAAGAGCCUGGAUGGGGCUGGGGGUGAAGAGAGGUCCAGGACCCUCAGCCUCAUCCAGGGGGAUCCAGGACUCUUGGCCUUAUCCAGGGGGGUUCUGGGACCCUCAGCCCCAUUUGAGGGGAUUCCAGAACCUUUGGCCUCAUCCAGGGGGAUCCAGAACCCUUGGCCUUAUCCAGAGGGAUCUGGGACCCUCAGCCUCGUCCAGGAGAGGUCUGGGACCCUCAGCCUUAUCCAGGGGUGUUCCAAGACCUUUGGCCUCAUCCAGGGGGAUCCAGGACCCUCGGCCUCCCCAGGGCUGGACUCUGUGCAGGAUCAGGAGCCACAUCCAGCAGCUCCACCCUGUGAUGCCUUUGGAGUUCCCUCACACAGAGCAGGGACUGUGGAGCCUCUUCCCAGCAGGAGCUGGGACCUGUGUCCUGUUCCAGGGGCUCUGGGAUGUUUUGGAGCUGCUGCUUUUCUCGUUCCUGGUGUAGAAACUCUUUUAUUUUCUUCCAAAGACACUUAUUUUUGCAGCCAUUUGAGGUUUGUGUUUUACAUCCUGUGAAGAGGAACCUUCCCCCUGCAGCUCCUGCCUGGUGGUCACAGGGGGGGGUUUGGGGGGUUAUUUUUUGCAAAUGCUGGGAAUGCUGGU